AUGGUAGAUCUAUCACAUACUUCAUCUGAAGAUUGGAUUUAUGUAUACGAACCAUCUGAUGAUACUUUUUUUUUAGAAGAUACAUUAAAACAAGAAACUGAAAUUAUAGUAAAAGCAAACCCAGCAAUUAUAUGUGAGGUUGGAUGUGGUAGUGGGUAUAUAUCAUCAUCAAUUUUGAAAGAACUUAACAAAAGACAAAUAUAUCCAUUGACAUUAUUGACUGAUAUUAAUAAAAGUGCAAUAAAUCUUGCAAAAAGAACAAUAACUCAUAAUAAUAUCUCAUCAGGUACUGAAUUUAUAAAUAUGGAAUUAUUUGACUCUUUUAGAAAUAUUAAUAGAUCAAAAUUAAAUAAUGGAAUAUUAGAUUUAAUUAUAUUUAAUCCACCAUAUGUUCCAUGUUUAGAAGAUGAACUUAUACAAUUAAGGAAGCAAUGUAAUAUUGAUGUAGCUUGGGCUGGAGGAUUAAAUGGAUUAGAAAUUAUUAAUAGAUUCCUUUUUGGGAAAGAUAACUUACAUAAAACAAAAUUAGAUGAAGUUAUAUGUUUAUACAAUAUUUUGAGUUAUGGUGGUUUAUGUUAUCUAUUGUUAGAAGGUAGAAAUAAACCAAUAGAUGUUAUAAAUUUAUUGAGACAAAAUAAGAACUAUAUAGGUUGGAAUAUAGAUAUUAUUAAUGAAAAAAAAAUAUCUGGGGAACAUUUAUAUAUAGUCAAGUUGAUUAAAAGAUUACAAUAG